AUGGAGCCUCACAACUUGUCUUUUCUCGAGUGUCGUCUCUUUUUCACUUGUGUAGUGCUUUUGCUGUGCGUUAUCCUGGUCUCUUCGGGUAAUAACGUGACGGACAAGCUCGCAUUGCUUGCAUUCAAGGCCGCGAUAACUGAGGACCCUUUCGGGGCGCUGAAUUCAUGGAACCAUACGGCCGACCACUGUCAGUGGUACGGUGUCACGUGCGGUCGCCUGCACCAUCGAGUCACAGGACUAGACCUACAAGCCCUCGAGCUUUCUGGAUCCAUCUCCGAACACAUUGGAAACUUGAGCUUCUUGAGAGUCCUGAUCCUCAACAACAAUAGUUUCCAUCACGCAAUCCCGCAACAAGUCGGCCAUUUGCACAGUCUGCGUGUCUUGCGACUCGCUCUCAACACAUUGGAAGGCGAAAUCCCAAGAAACCUGUCGGGUUGCACUCGCCUUACAUGGCUCAGCCUAGGAGCCAACUCGUUGGUCGGAGAAAUUCCCAUCGACCUUGGUUCUUUGCUGCAGCUUCAGAAUAUUUCUUUAUUUUUGAACUAUCUAACGGGAACUGUUCCUUCAUUUAUCGGAAACAUGUCAUCGUUAGAGAACCUCAUUCUGAGUGCGAAUGAAUUAGGUGGGAAGAUACCCCAAGCUCUUGGGAAACUGACCAAACUCAACCGGCUUGUUUUAGACGAAAAUAGGUUGUCUGGCGCAGUUCCUCCAUCUAUCUUCAAUCUUUCCUCUGUGACGAUGUUCGACAUCGGUGUAAACCAAAUUGGAGGCAACCUUCCUGCCAAUCUAGGCUUCACUCUUCCAAACAUCGAGCAUUUCAGCAUUUUCUCCAACCGAUUCACCGGAGGCAUUCCUCGGUCAAUGUCUAACGCGACCGCUUUAGGGGUGCUGCAAGCCAGUCAGAACAAACUCUCCGGGAACAUGCCUCCUUUGGACCGCUUAAACAAGCUCAAAAGAUUGAGCAUGAAUUUUAAUCAUCUGGGAAGCGGAGGUUAUGAUGAUUUUAGCUUCUUUUGCUCGUUGACUAACACCACCACUCUACUGGACUUGUCCAUAUAUGAAAACAGUUUUGGCGGGACGUUGCCUGAGUGUAUCGGUAAUUUCUCCGUUACUCUAUUGGAGUUGUGGCUGGGCGAGAAUCUUCUGUUUGGCACGAUUCCUCGAACAGUCGGAAAUCUCGUCAACUUGGAAAGGUUGCUUUUGGACCACAACAGGUUUUCAGGUACGGUCCCGUCCGUUUUGGGAGAUCUUCAUAACUUAGUGGUACUGGAUUUAUCGAACAAGAAGUUUUCCGGAGCAAUUCCUUCUUCAUUAGGAAGCCUAGUAAACCUGGCACAACUCCGUCUCGAUCACAAUAACUUUCACGGCUACAUUCCUUCACGUCUCUCGGAGUGCCAAAGGUUGGUGCUACUUGAUCUUUCUAGUAACAACUUGAAUGGUAGUAUACCUCCUGAGUUCAUAGGCCUCCCAUCCUUGUCUAUACUUCUAAACUUGUCUCGAAACCAUCUCACCGGCGUCCUACCUGAGGAAGUUGGGAAAUUGAAUCUUUUGGCUCAACUGGAUGUCUCUGGAAACAUGUUGGACGGCGACAUUCCAGCCAGUCUUGGCAGUUGUGUUGGAUUGGAACUGCUCAAAAUGCAGGAGAACUCUUUCCAAGGCUCCAUUCCUUCAUCUAUUGGUAUGUUGAGGAAUGUCAAUGAGCUAGAUCUUUCACACAACAAUUUAUCUGGUCAGAUUCCUGAGUUUUUCGAGGCACUUCACUUAUUGAAGAUCCUGAAUCUGUCGUACAACAACUUUGAAGGCACAUUACCGACUAAAGGUAUCUUUAAUAAUGUCAGCGCUACUUUUGUCUCCGGAAAUGACAAGCUUUGUGCAGGAAUGCCCGAAUUUCAUCUCCCGAAAUGCAGCUAUAGAAACUCUGGCCGAAGAAUAAUCCCUAAGUGGAAGCUCGUCAUCACGAUUUUCUUCGGGGUUCUUGUAGUUGCUCUUGUUCUUGCUCUUGUGUACUUUCGUUGGUUGAAGAACAAGAAAAGGGCAGAACCAGCUUCAAAUUCCAAAGAUGAUUCAUCAUUUAAUCUAUCUUAUGGAAUUCUCCUUAAAGCAACCAACGGGUUUUCUUCAAUUAACUUGAUCGGGGUCGGCGGUUUUGGAUCUGUUUACAAGGGAGUCCUCGAUGAGAAUGGAACUGUCAUUGCCGCGAAGGUACUUAAUUUGACGCUUCAUGGUGCUGUGAAGAGCUUCAUAACCGAGUGCGAGGCUUUAAGGAACGUCCGACACCGUAAUCUUUUGAAAGUCCUAACAGUAUGCUCGGGCACUGAUUAUAGGGGCAAUGAGUUUAAGGCCUUGGUUUAUGAGUUCAUGGUCAAUGGCAGCCUCGAAGAUUGGCUACAUCCGAGUCCAUCAUCAGCUAACGCGGAUGGGAAUGUGCAGAAAUUGAGUCUCAUCCAGAGGAUAAAUAUUUCCAUCGACGUUGCUUCAGCGUUAGAUUAUCUCCAUAACCAAUUGCAAAGCCCUAUUAUCCAUUGUGAUCUAAAGCCAAGCAACGUCCUGCUAGACGCCGAAAUGGUUGGACAUGUUGGGGACUUUGGUUUGGCGAAGGUCGUGAUUGAAUCCACCGAUGACACUAAAGCGAAAAUGAGCUCUGCUGGUGUUAGAGGAACUGUCGGCUAUGCUGCUCCAGAAUAUGGAAUGGAAAGCAUGGUUUCAAGAGAAGGCGAUGCUUAUAGUUAUGGCAUUCUCUUGCUUGAGAUGUUCACAGGCGUGAGUCCAACAAACGAAAUGUUCAGAGAAAAUUUUAACCUUCAUAAGUUCGUCAAGGAAGCCUUGCCUGAACGACUCCUGGAGAUUACCGAUCCUUUUCUACUUCAAGAAAUGGAAAGCCAUAUGGGCACCAGCAGAGGUGAUGCAGCUCGUGAAUGUCUGGAGAUGGUCUAUAGAAUUGGGGUCGGCUGCUCAGUCGAAGCACGCAGAGAGCGGGCAAACAUCACGGAAGCUGCAGCUCAGCUGCAUUUUAUCAGGGAUAAACUUCAUGCAGCUGGUUUACAGGGAUAGGUUAUAUGAAACUCAGGAGUUCUUGGAGUCGGUUUCUGCAAUUUCGGUUGGAUUUUUUUCUUCUUGCGUGCUUAGCUUUAGAAAAAGGGGAUGCGUGCUAUGUUAGUACAGUGGAUCCAGGGAACGGGCAACAGUUCUCCGAUCCUGGCCACAGCUCAAAAUGAGAACUCAAUAUCGUCUGUUAUUCGUAAAACUCGGGUUUCAGCCCAACUGCUGCAAGAACUGCUAGUAGCUUUUUAAAUUUGACGACGGCUCCUUCUUUCGCUCACCUUUUCAUGUACAAUUCAUCCGUGAGGCUGAGCAGGAAUUUGAGAAGCAGAUCAUAUAAUCAUAUCCGGCUCCCGAAAUUGUGUUUCGUAGUAAACUACCACGUUCACUG